CACAUUGCCGGUCAGGAUGCCCUCUCUAUUCUGCGAGCUUAAGUAAUUCAAACAGUUAACAAAAGCGACAUGAAAACAGAGGCACUACUAGCCAUUCUAGUCUUUAUUAUCUAUGACAUUGCUAUUAUUACAGCUCGCUUGGAUAUCAAAGAGUUUGUCGGGACAUCUGAGAGGCUAUGGACCGUCAAAACAACCAACAGAGAACGCAUGCGAUGCAAGGUCGAUUAUUUAAAACUUAUGAGAACACUGUCCCUUACAUUCGAAAGAUCAUACUUCCACAGGAACACCAGGCGUCACUUACGGAUACAGGGAGUGUUUGAUACGCGUUUCAAGAGGCGCAUGACUCUCUUUUAUCGAGACACCUUCAUUAGCACUGAAACUAUGGUCUACAUGGAGCCGGAUCGAUCCUGUGCCGUUUUUAAGAUUGAGUCACUAACAGAGUGGGACGUCGUCUAUUACGAUCUCAGAGUAACCAACUCUUCUGUAACUUCGAAAACUCGCCCAGGCUGUCCUCAAUAUUUUAAUCGCCGUACAGGAUUUGAACCAUCCUACAUUGUUUACACUCCGCAGUGUCAGCAAGUAAUCAGAGCAGAGAAAUAA